AUGGCUACCGCAGUACAGUCUGCCAUGACCAUGGCCCCCUUCAACCAACACCCAAAUCAAUGCGUCGACCCCAAUGAGUUCUUCGACUUUGGCCAGAUGCCCUCGCCCACGCAGCCCACGACGCUGAAGAGGGAAUCCAGUGCGACGUCGACCAUGGCCAGUCCCACCAGCACAAACAUUGACGACGAACUCCAGACCCCCGCAAAGCCCAGCCACGAGUACGAGCGCUUCAAGCAACAGACCGGCCUGCCCUCCGGAUCCCUUGCUGGCCUGAAUGCUGGAUACAACACCGGCUUUCCCAUGUUCUCUUCCACCGGCUUGGAUGAGAUGGCCAUGAUGGGCGGCGACUCGAUCAUGGACGGCGCCUGGAACACCGGCCUGCCCAUGGACGUUGGAAUGAACAUGGGCGUCGACUACCGCCAGAACAGCUUCGUCUUCAACGAGGCUUCAGACGACUACGUGGACCCAAGCGCCAUCACACAAGAGGAGGUCACCAACGUCAGGGUGUGGCCUGGUAUGCAUCAACAGCAGGCUGCCAUGGCCAAGGCGCAGGCGCAGGCCCAGCAGCAGCGAGCGCAACAGCUGGCCCACCAGAAGCAACAGCACGCCAUGCAGCAACAACAGCAACAGCAGCAACAGAACCGCAUGCCCUCUACUAGCUCCGCUAGCCGCAAGACAUCGAGCCCGCUCAGCGACGCUCACACCGAAGAGAUGAUUACCCGUGUUGUCGCACAGAUCCGUGCCGACAGCCAGAACGCGUCUGCUUCCAUGCAGAACGACAACCAGGGUCUCCUUCCCCAUAUCAUCCGCGCAAAGAAGGACGAAGAGGAUAUGGAUGAGGACGAGAGGCUGCUCGCUUCAGAGGAGGGCAAGAAGCUUAGCUCCAAGGAGCGCCGCCAGCUCCGCAACAAGGUCUCAGCGCGCGCGUUCCGCUCAAGAAGGAAGGAAUACAUCGGCCAGCUUGAAGGCGAAGUUGCCAUGAAGGUCAACGAGGCCAACGAACUCCGCGCUCAGAACCGCCUCCUCAUGGAGGAGAACGCCCGCUCCCGCGCUUUCAUUGAGCGUCUGCUCCGCCACCAAGCCUUUACGCCCUUCCUCGAGGAGCUCUCUCGCGAUGAGUCGCUCCAGAGCAAGGCGCCCAUGACCUCGAUGCCGUCAACCGCAACUCCCGUUACCACUGCUCCUGCCCCGGCUCAGUUCCAGCAACAACAGUUUAACGGCAUGUCCCAGGCCGAGAACACCCACGUCGGUAUGACCAUGGUUCCCGAGCCCCAAAUCGACUUCGCCAUGCUCAACUUGAACAACAACAACAACGGCAACAACUGGGGUGCCAACAACGGCUUCAACUUCCAGCAACCCGUCGCUUUCGCCGUCACUGAGCUACCUGAGGGCCCUAGCAACCCCCUUGACAUCGAGGCUAUGUCUGGCAAGGGAUACAGUGCUAUCCUGAACGCCGAGGACGACUCGCCUGUUGAGGAGGUAAAGGCUGACUACCCCGUCAUAGAGCGUCCCGUCCAGUCCGAGCCCGCUGUUGCCGAUGAGGCCGAAGAGGAGGAUGCCGAGUACGACCUUUACUACUCAUCUUCUCCUUCAGCCGCUUCAUCCGCACCGCUUGAGGACCAGGAGGUGCUCUUCACCAACCCGGAGAAGGCCUUCGCACACUACUCGCUAGUCAUCUCAGAUGAGUCAAACGAAGCACGCCUAGCCGAGCGUCUAGAGAGGAAGAUUGCCGCCAUGAGCCCCGUCAUGCAAAGAAUCGCUGAUAUCACAUCGAUGUUCGACUCAUAG